GCCACUGUAGUCCUGCAAAGGAACCUGCAGAAUGUUUGAUCAUACUCAGUACCCUUAUAAUUGUUUUAAUUAUGAUGGAGAUGACUACCCAACCUGCAGCUCAGACGAAGAGAAAAAGUACUCAAGACCAGCCUAUAGCUAUAUUGCUUUAAUUGCUAUGGCAAUCCAGCAAAGUCCUGACAGCAAAGUGACUCUGUCCGGCAUCUACGAUUUCAUUAUGAAGAAAUUCCCAUAUUAUAGGUCCAACCAAAGAGCGUGGCAGAACUCCAUAAGACACAACUUGUCUCUCAACAGCUGCUUUGUCAAGGUGCCAAGAGCUGAAGGGAAUGAAAAAGGCAAAGGAAAUUACUGGUCGUUUGCGUCAGGAUGUGAGUCAAUGCUUGAUCUGUUUGAAAAUGGGAAUUAUAAGAGAAGGCGAAGAAGAAGAAACAUGAAAAAAUGUCAGAAAGAUAGAAAACAAAGUCUAACAAAACCACUUCAUCCAGGGGACAUCUCUACCACUAACUUGUCCUCAUGUGCUAUGUCUGGCAGUGAAAAAAAAACUGACCCGAUAACCGUACAGAUGGAAUCGGACAGUAUAUUUCCAAAUGAUAUAACCAACAGACAGAGCCAGACUGAUUCCAGCCAAGCGAAGUCCGAUGAAAUCAAAUUUAGCAUUGAUUAUAUUCUCUCAGCUCCAGACCCUUUGCCAGUACUAAGAUCCCAGCAUCAUGUUCUAGAUAACAAAUAUCAUAUCUUAGAAUGCCAACAAAGGAACCUUCAGUUCUGGAGCCUAUGACAAUCAAGCUAAUUCCUAAUCAUCUGUGUUCAUCUAUCAAGGUUAUCUGUCGGAGCCAUGGGUAUCUCCGUGAAUCCAUUCACUUUGUAAACAAGCUUCGGAAUGUAACGAUUCUAUAACAACAUCCGUGCUAUGUGUAGUCUCGAGAGUAAUUUAUCUUCACUGCCGAAAUCACUAUUUGGCUACCAGUGACAUUCCUUUUUUUUUCUCCUUAAGUAAAUGAUGUAUUAAGACCAAAAUAGAGAGUUGAAUUGAAAUAGAGACUUUAGGUUGCCAUGCUCUUGAUGAAAUGACUGAUCGAUAACAUCACACAGUCCGAUUGAACAAACCAACUUGCUUUUCACAGACUCAUUAUUUAAGUUACUAAAUGUGUUGUU